UUAAGCCGUUAAGCACGGCGGAUCACAGUACACGGUGUGUUCUCUCUACUCCCAAGCUACCUUCUUGUUUCCCAGCUGAUGCUGCCUCAUCCAAUGCGACGGCGCGCCGCCGCCAUGAUGAACGUCGUGGCAAUCGGGCUCGUCCUCUCGACCUUGGCCGCCGCGGGGGUCUGGUCGCCCGCGCCGCCGCCGCCGCCCCCGGCUCAGCAGCAAGGGGACCACGUCGUCCGGGAGGGCCGCCGCGUCGUCAUUGUCGAGUACGAGCGGGAGCGCCAGCUCUCGCCCGGCGUCAAGGAGGUGCGCGUCCUGUCAGACCAUGGCUCCCUCGACGGCGGUGAAGGCGGCGACACGGUCUUCGACGGGGCCAGGGGUGCGGUCUCUGACGCGGUCGGCAAGGUGGCCGGCGCGGCGGAGGAGGGCGAGGAGAAGCUGUCCGACGCCAAGGGCGGUGUCCUCGGCGCGGUGAAGCGGUGCAAGGACAGGCUCUGCGGUGCGGGCAGGAAAGUAGAAGAGGGUGCCAAAGACGCGGCGUCGCGAGCCGAGCAUGGCGCGGAGGACGCGAUGAGAGACGCCAAGGAGACGCUCACGGAUGCCAAGGGCAUCGCCGAGAACAAGGCGUUCGACGCUGCGCAGCUAGGGAAGGAGACCCUGGAGAGCGCCAAGGACAAGGCGUUCGACGCUGCGUCGCAAGGGAAGGAGACCGUGAAAAGCGUCAGGGACAAAGUGUCCGAAACAGCCGGUAAAGCCAAGGAGAAGGCAUCGAACAUCCAGCCCGGUGCAGCUGAAGCUGCGAAGAGUGCCAAAGAUAGGGUGUCUGAGGCGGCCAAGAACGCCAAGGACAGCGCCAAAGGGACUGCCAGGAGCGCCAGAGACAGGGUUUCUGACAUCACCGAGAGAGCCGAAGAGUACGCGCAAGAUGCCGCCGAGAGCGCCGCGGACAAGGCCGCGGAGGCCGAGGAGGUCAUGAAAGCGAAGGCCGGUGAGGUGAAGAAGAACCUGACCGACAUCGCCCGGAGGGCGCAGGAGGUGGCGUCCGAUGCCGCCGCGUACCUCCUCGGCGGGCCCAGGCAUGCCGCGCGCACCGCGACGGCCGUGAUGCACCUCCUGGGCUUCGCCAUGGCCUACGGCACCUGCGUCUGGGUGACGUUCGUGUCCAGCCACGUUCUCGCGGCGGCGCUGCCGAGGCAGCAGCUCGGCAUGCUGCAGAGCAAGCUGUUCCCGGUGUACUUCCGCGCCAUGGCCUACGGCGUCGGCGUGGCCCUCGCGGCGCACCUCCUCGGCUGCGAGCGGAGCUCCCUCGCGUCGCGCGCCCAGAGCUUCAACUUGCUCGCCGCGUUUGCCCUGAUCCUCGCCAAUUUGAUGCUUCUCGAGCCGAAGGCCACCAAAGUGAUGUUCGAGAGGAUGAAAGUGGAGAAGGAAGAAGGCAGAGGAAUGGACAUGGCCGACAUCGUCGACCCAACGGCCGUCUGCAUUCCCACGACGGCCACCAACGCCGCCACGCCCGCCAGCGCAGAAGCGGCCGCAGCACGUACACCCGUGGGCGGCGUGGCGACGGUCAGGGCGACGCCGGCGACUGUGUCGACGACGGGCGACGCGGAGAUGUCCAAGAGGAGAGUUCUGAGGCUGAACAAGCGGCUCAAGAAGCUCAACACCUACUCGUCCCUGUGCAACGUGCUGUCGCUGAUGGCCCUCACCUGGCACCUCGUGCACCUGGCCCGCCGCCUCCAGACGGGCAACGCCUGCUAGGCUAUCCGUGUGCUCUGCAGCUCUCAGACUUCGUCGUCUCGUUGUGCUUUCAGUCAGGUCGUCUUGUGAGUUUUUUUAACAUGUUUAGCAGUUCAGUUAGGCUUCAGAUGUGUGCGUAGGGUGGUGAUGGUAGUGCCCAAGUUUCAGUUGUUGCUGUAAAGUCUACACGGUCAUGUUUUACUUGCUCGGCACAGUUAGUAAAUCGGGUGUGGCUAUGCAUAAAACUCCCGAACUGACAAACCGAACCGUAGUCAUUCACUCCUUCCGCGGAAUGCUACCUAUAUGCUCAUACACACUGCAAAGUGAU